CACGCGCCCAAAGGUAAUCACGGAACUCAAACGCAAUCAUUAACAGAAAAAAAAUAUUAGGGCGCGGCGCCGCAAAUCGGAUUUCGAGUCCGCCUGCCUCCUCUGCCGCCUCUCCGCCCUCAACAGUACUCUUCAUCUUGAUCGAAUCUCUUCCGAGCAAUCGGAAUUUCCAUGACCCUUUUGAGCGCUUGAUUUCGGUGGAGAUUUCUCGGAACAACCGAUCGGUUUGUCACCGGAACAGCGUUGACUCGGGGACAAACACGGAGCAGCCGAUUGAUCGCGUUGUUGCAGUGUUUUUGCCCUUUUUCGGGCUCAAUUCUGCUUCUUUUGAGGUCUUGCGGAGAUUCCGAGAGGAUUUGGAUCAAUUUCGGGAACCUUGUGGGGUCCCGGGAAAGAAUUGCCCGGUUCCCGCCCUGAAGCAUUCUUUCGAGUUCUCGCGAUUCGAGACUGCAGUUGAAGUGAAUUGGGGGCUUUUUGUUGAUUGGAGUGAACUUUCAGUUCGAAGAAACGGGGAUGGAUUAUGAUUUAUCGGACAGUAGCGGAACAGACGAUGACCUUCCUCCUUCCCAUCAGAAUAGAUUCCAAAGAGGUGGAGGACGUGCUACCGGAGAUGGAAGGUCUGCUAUUGUAGGAGCAGCACCAUUGCCUAGGGUUCACAACGAGAUGGAAAUUCAGAUCCACCUUAUAGAGCAAGAAGCUUACUGUUCUGUUCUUCGGGCCUUCAAGGCUCAGUCUGAUGCCAUCACUUGGGAAAAGGAAGGCUUAAUUACUGAACUCAGAAAAGAGCUGCGAGUGUCAGAUGAAGAACACAGGGAGCUCCUGUCACGAGUCAAUGCUGACGACAUGAUUCGGAGGAUAAGAGAAUGGAGGAAAGCCGGUGGACCUGGACCAGGCCUGCUCAGUAAAUCUAAGCCAGUUCAUGACCAAGCUCCUAGCCCCACAAUGUCGGCAUCUAGGAAGAAACAAAAAACGACAGGGACAGUGGCUUCUUUGCCCUUUCCAGCAUUCCAUCCCUCUAUGCAGCCAUCUUCAUCUGCAUUGAGAUGUGGACCUUCCUCAAUUUCCAAAAAUAAGAAGCAGAAAUCAUCAUAUGUUUCCUUGCAGUACCCUUCUGCCGGUGCUAGUGGGAGGGCCCACGGUGCUAAGAGGAGCUCCUUGGGUGCCUUUGCAACAAAUGAGCCUGGUGAGGCAGCAAAUUUCGAUCCAUUGAUAGGAAAGAAAGUUUGGACGAGGUGGCCGGAUGACAAUAACUUCUAUGAAGCUGUAAUUACCAAUUACAACCCAGCCAAGGGUCUUCAUGCGUUGAUGUACGAUAUAAACACCGAAAAUGAAACAUGGGAAUGGAUCAAUCUCAAAGAGAUACCUCCAGAAGAUAUUCGAUGGGAAGGUGAGGAUCCCGGGAUUUCACAUAAAGGAGGCCGUCCUGGACAAGGCCGGGGGCCCAAGAAGCCUGUGGUGCGCGAAGGCAAUGUUGGCGGUGGCCUAGGGAUGGUUAGAGGAACCACGAAAACUCAUCAACCCAAAAAAGGAUUUACUCCCUCACAGAAUGGCAACACCAAGAAGGGUCUAAGUGAUAUCGUAAUACUUCACACAGAUACCCUUAUUAGGGAGCUGGAGAAGGUUCUUAGCACCAGUAAUUCUGAUCCCGCAGAGAUUGAGAAGGCAAAGAGAGUGCUCAAGGAGCAUGAGGAAGCCCUUGAAGAUGCAAUUGCGAGACUCGAGGACGCAUCCGAUGGAGAAAGUGCAGAUGGUGCCGGACAAAGAGCCUGGAGAAAACGGCCAUACGAAGAGGUGGGUGAACGUAGAGUCGAAAGUUCAGUUGGUGAUAAGACAGCGAGGGACAUCUGAUGAUCAAGAAGGCAAUUAACUAAUGAUAUUGUUUAGUUGUAGAAGUAGCCGAGUGACUCUGAUAGGCAAUCUCAGAUUACUUGCUGCUAUUUGUAGCAGGUUUGACUGUUAGCAUAGGCUUCUUAGCCCCUUGUUUUACCCUCCUUGGGUGCUAUGUAAGCAGAGAAUAGCAUAGAUAUGGCUAACCUGCAUUUGUAACUUUGAUUCAACAAAUAAAACUUCAAUUGUAUAUGCUUUUACAUAGUCAAA